UGAAAUUUGGCUCUGUGUCUCACACACACAUAGGCACACGCACAUACACGGACAACGAUGCAGAGUAGGAGGGUCAAGCAGAGCUAUGUGAUGCUGCUGACUUUAUAAAGGAAUAUCCAUUGGCACUUUCAAUAGACAGCGAGGAGCCGCGCAGUGUCGCAGUCUGUUGGCGGAUGUUGAACUGACGCGCGCACUUUAACCGUUAGCGGCGGUCUGUUUUACUUGUCUGUGGUGUUUAUAAUAAGGAUAUACAUAAUCGGAAAGACAUCGUUUGAUUUAGCGCUUAUAUUCGUUUCCAGGAACAUUUCAGCACCGGACGGAUAACCUCGGCUUCGUCUUAUAAUGGGAGUGAUUUGUUACCGAAGUUCGUCAGUGGACUAUAGCGAAGUAGCGCCGGUUGAAAUGUGGAGGUGCUGACCGACCUUUCGUCCAUUUUGUCUUUACGCGAACAUUUUCACUACUUACGAAGGUUUAACGUCGAUGACGGUUAAAUAGUCGCUGAUGAAAAACAAACUGCUCUGUAUAAAACAAAGAAUGGGACGUUGUGAAGUUUGAACACUGAUCUGCGUUGUGGGGAGUAUUUGUGUGGCUGAAACCAUGCUGAUCUUCAGUGCUGUGCUGAAGAUAUGUGACCUGUGCUGUUGAAGCCUCGUGCCGCUCCCUCAUGGCUCUAUGGGAGCUGGUGCUGUUAACUUUCAGCCUGCACUAUUGGCUGACAAGCUCUGGCAGUAUAACCGAAGAAGGUCCUGCUGGCCCACUAGACUGGCUUCUCUCUGACAAGGGUCCAUUUCACCACUCACAGGAGUACACCGAAUUUGUGGAGAGGAACCGUCAAGGAUUUUCUACAAGAUACAAGAUCUAUAGGGAAUUUGGCCGGUGGAAAGUGAACAACUUGGCUGUCGAGCGACGGGAUUUCCUGAGCUCCCCUUUGCCUCUCACCCCAGAGUUUGUACGCAACAUUCGCCUCCUGGGACGAAGGCCCACCGCUCAGCUAAUUACUGACAACCUAAUCAGAAAAUAUGGGACCCAUUUUUUGCUGUCAGCUACACUGGGAGGAGAAGAGGCUUUGACUAUAUUUGUGGACAAGAGGAAGUUGAGUAAGAAAGUAGAGGCGAGCGACUACACCAGCAAUAGCACCGCUGUGACUCUGGAAGCCCUUCACCAGUUGGCGGCCUCCUACUUCAUAGACAGAGAGAGCACUCUGAGAAAACUACAUCACAUCCAGAUUGCCUCCACUGCCAUCAAGGUAACUGAAACCAGGACGGGCCCUCUUGGUUGCAGUAACUAUGACAACCUUGAUUCUGUCAGUUCUGUACUGGUUCAGAGUCCCGAAAAUAAAGUCCACCUGCAAGGCUUGCAGGUCAUUUUGCCAGAUUAUCUCAGAGACACUUUUGUCCAAGCAGCUCUUAGUUAUAUCGCCUGCAACGGAGAGGGAACUUUUGUCUGCAGAGACAAUGACUGCUGGUGCAAGUGUGAUCCUAAAUUUCCAGAAUGCAACUGUCCCUACACGGAUAUUCAAGCCAUGGAGGAAAGCCUUACACGAAUCUCUGAAUCAUGGGCCCUUAUUUACAAAGAAUUUGAAGAUUCAGAUGAGUUCAAAACAUUUCUGAUGCGGCUCCCUCAGAAUUUUUUCCUCAAUUCCUCCAUGAUUCAGCAUCUGUGGUCGCUGGAUGGCGUGUUUCAGCGACGCUACGAGCAGCUGGAGGCGAGCAUGAAGACUCUCUACAGGAGAGCCCAGCGUGUGGUGUACAAGCUCUUUAGCCUGAGCAAAAGGUGCCACAGGCAACCCCACAUCAGCUUACCACGGGAAAGGCCACAAUCAUACUGGCUGAACCACUUUCAGUCUUUGCUCUACUGCUCUGAAAACAACCAGCUAGGCUCCUUCUCAGAAGAGCUGCACACCUGCAUUUGCUCUUAUGACCACAGUUCGUGCCAGGUAUCCACGCCGUGCUCCGUGGGAGAAGGUGCUUCCUGUGCCGUCUGUGCUACCGACAACCACACGCGGUGCGGAAGCUGCAACGCCGGAUACACGUUAAGUCAAGGUACCUGUCGACCAAUGGUGGCAGAUUCCACAGAGAACUACCUGGGCUUCGAGACUGAUCUUCAGGACCUAGAGCUACGUUACCUUCUUCAAAGAGCUGAUCGACGCUUGGAGGUCCACGCGAUUUUCAUCAGCAACGACAUGCGGCUAAACAGUUGGUUUGACCCUACGUGGAGGAAGAGGAUGCUGCUUACGUUGAAGAGUAACAAAUACAAAUCCAACCUGGUCCACAUGCUCUUAGGCAUCUCCCUUCAAAUCUGCCUUACCAAAAACAGCACUCUUGAACCAGCUCUCACCCUCUUUAUAAAUCCCUUCGGGGGAAGCCACUCGGAGAGCUGGUUGAUUCCCGUAAACGAGAACAAUUUUCCAGACUGGAAGUCUGCUAAGCUGGACCUUCCGCUGGAGUGCUUUAACUGGACCCUGACUUUGGGCAACAAGUGGAAGACCUUCUUCGAAACCAUCCACAUUUACCUGAGGAGCCGCAUUAAAACUCCAGGCGCCGGGGUCAAUGAGAGCGUUUACCUGGAGCCUUUGGAAAUAACCGAUCCUACUAAGAAUCUGGGGUAUAUGAAGAUCAACAGCAUUCAAGUGUUCGGUUACAGCAUGCACUUUGACCCGGAGGCUAUUCGGGACUUGAUCCUGCAGCUGGACUACCCGUACACGCAGGGCUCGCAGGACUCGGCCCUGCUGCAGCUGUUAGAGAUCAGAGAUCGGGUGAACAGACUUUCUCCUCCGGGCCAGCAGCCUCUGGAUCUGUUCUCCUGCCUGCUACGCCACCGGCUCAAACUAACAGCCAACGAGGUGGUGCGCAUUCACACCUCACUACAGUCCUUCAGCACCCGUCUCCCAAAUUCUCUGGAUUACGAGACCACUAAACUCUGCAGCUAACGGCUAACGUGUGACAACCGUCUGACAGAAGCUACAGAACAAGUGUAAAAAUGCAAAAUAGACUGUUAAUGGGUCAAAGCUGUAGACUUUUAACGGAAGAGACGUUUUUGACUUACAGAUCAUCGUACUCAAAAGAAAAGAGACAUUUUAUUGUAUAAUACGACAGUGAGAUCGAAGAAAAGGAUUUUAAGAAUACAUGUUUGUUUGUAAUUUUUAUAUGUUUUUCUUUUUAUUCAUUUUUGCUUCAGUGACGGUGAGCUUUUUUCUGAAAGAAUACAGUGAUGUCAGUCAGUUUUGUAGAUAAAUUGUUAUUAAAACAUCAUGGUUGUUAUCGAGUAAUGGUUGCUUUAUUUACGUAUCAGCCUAUUUUUAUUGCUAAAUGGCACUUUGGAUUAUUGGAAAAUGUAAGAUAUUUUAUAUUUGCAAUUGAGUGCACUUAAUGAAAAAGUAUAUGAUGAGUAUUUGAUGAAGUAUAUUGAUGCAAGACUUUGAUCAAAUAGUGAAUUAGAUUUAGUAAGAUAACUGUGUUACAGAUCAUAUUCACGAAAUGGUCCCAUCUAAUGCCAUUUUAAACCACAGAGGGAAGGUAAUACUAAGCUUUACUCUAAAAAAGGUACUAAUCCACCCAUUGGGGUAAAUUAACCUAGAAAAUGUUUCUAUUUGAUCAAACAAUAUAACUCAACAACCCAGCCUAGGUUAAAUUACAACCCAAUGGGGGUUUGUCCCUUUUUAACCCAACGCUGACCCAGCAUUUUCUGUGUUUAAUUUGGCCAAUAGACUAUUUUUACCAGUACUAUAUCAGAUUUUUCAAAAAUCUGAACAUGUAGUGAAAGAUUAUGCACCCCUACAGUUUUGUUAUGCACUGUUGAGGUAAAUAGAGUAAUAAUGAAAAAGAUCUGUAUUCACUGGCAGCAGUUAAGAUGCAGUGUUUUCUACUUUGAUAUUCUGAAUUUCUCUUCGAUUACUCCCUUUAUUACUUUACUUUAUUUGUUUAGGAUUUGUAUUUUAAUUGCUUAAUUCUAUCUUUUGUAAUUGGUUUAUUUUGAGCACACUUUGCAUUCAGCACACAGUGCAUUGCUACACUUUCUCGGAACCGUAAAAUAUAUAUUAUUAAUAGGCUUAACAAAUAAGCCUUAUGUUGGAAUGUAACAGUGAUGCCAAACUGGGGGCAGAGAUUAUUAAAUCCAGUGUGCCUUUGUAAAUAUAUUGUACAGUGUACAGAUUUUCUUUACUUACUUUGUGCACCUCAGUAUAUAAUACAUACACAUUUUUUUCAUGUUCACACUUUUUAUGUUUUUUCCACAUCAGUUAUUUCUCACCAUUUCUCACAUUGCGUUCAUUUAGAUGGUGUAAAUGCUAAUCAUAUAGUGUUAGCACAUCAGAUGAUGACAGAUGACAUUUAUGCUGUCAAAAAAGUGUCAAUUGCCUCUUCAUAAUCUGUGUUCACACCUUUUCCCUAGAAUUAGCACAGUAAAUAAGUUGAGCCUUAUCUAAUACA